AAGAAGGUGCAUUUCCUCAAGUUCAACUUGAAGCUGUUGCUAAGAGUGGGGUCUUUUCUUAGCUUCAAAAGGAGCCCCAAGAGCUGUCAAACUGAAGGAAAAGGGGAAAAACAACGGUACCACAUGUGAAUAUAAAAAAGAAGAGAACUCUAGCCAAUUGCACCACCACCGGAUGGCAGAGCCCAGCUGACACAACCUGGUUUAGGGAGCUUUGGGUUUACUCCUUUUACUUCAGGAAAGCCUCAACUCAGUUACUGCAACUUCUGAAGUAUGGCCUGAAUAGAUUCAGUCAUUAUUAUCAAUCCAUUAUCAAAUAGGACAAUCUGAAGACACAAACAAGUACACACAAAGAGCAUGCCAUUUAGCACUCGCCCUGACAGCUACAGAAGACACUGAGAAGUCACACCGUAAAAAUGACGACUACUUCAGUUGACAGCUGGCCUUGCUCCUCCCGUGGAAUGCACUUGGAACCUAAUUACAGUGACCAAGCUUCACAGAAUUUUUCAAGAGUGCCAAAUGUCACUAGCUGUCCAAUGGAUGAAAAAUUACUAUCUACUGUGUUAACAACCUUCUACUCUGUUAUAUUCAUCGUGGGACUGGUUGGAAACAUCAUUGCCCUCUACGUAUUUCUGGGCAUCCACCGCAAAAGAAAUUCUAUUCAAAUUUAUCUACUUAACGUGGCCAUUGCAGACCUUCUACUCAUCUUCUGCCUCCCUUUCCGCAUAAUGUAUCACAUCAACCAAAAUAAGUGGACACUAGGUGUGAUUCUUUGCAAGGUUGUGGGAACACUAUUUUACAUGAAUAUGUACAUUAGCAUUAUUUUGCUGGGGUUUAUCAGUUUGGAUCGCUACGUAAAAAUUAAUCGGUCUAUACAUCAAAGAAGGGCAAUAACUACCAAGCAAAGUAUUUAUGUUUGCUGUGUAGUAUGGGCAGUUGCUCUUGCUGGGUUUCUAACUAUGAUUAUUUUGACGCUGAAGAAGGGAGGGCACAAUUCCACAAUGUGUUUCCAUUACAGAGACAGGCAUAAUGCAAAAGGAGAAGCAGUUUUUAACUUUGUUCUAGUGGUGAUGUUCUGGCUUAUUUUCCUACUGAUUAUCCUCUCAUAUAUUAAGAUUGGCAAGAACCUAUUGAAGAUUUCUAAAAGGAGGUCAAAAUUUCCUAAUUCUGGCAAAUAUGCUACAACAGCCCGGAAUUCCUUUAUUGUACUGAUCAUUUUCACUAUUUGCUUUGUUCCUUAUCAUGCCUUUCGAUUCAUCUACAUUUCUUCACAGCUAAAUGUGUCUUCUUGCUCCUGGAAGGAAAUUAUUCACAAAACCAAUGAGAUCAUGCUGGUUCUCUCCUCUUUCAACAGCUGCUUAGAUCCAGUCAUGUAUUUCCUAAUGUCCAGUAAUAUUCGCAAAAUCAUGUGUCAACUUCUUUUUCGAAGAUUUCAAAGUGAAGCAAGCAGAAGUGAUAGUACUUCAGAAUUUAAGCCAGGAUAUUCCCUGCAUGAUCUAUCUGUGACAGCCAAAAUGCCAUACAGCACUAAGAGUAAUUGAGGUAAAUGGGCUAAAACGAAUGACAUAAGCCAGCCUCUACAUUCCUUGAGAUUGGUAAAAUUAUGGAACAAAGCCAUAGCAUGUCCCAAAUCUAGAUAUUUAGAAGUGAUCUUUCACUUGUUUAAUUGUAAAAUAGUUCAAGGGAAAGAAAAACUUACAUUAAUCCCUAGAUUUUAGAACUAUAUGUAGAAUCAGAAUACAUUGGUUUUUUUCUUCUUCUUAGAACACAUUGUUAAGUUAACACUUUUAACAGUUAUAAAGUUAAGUCAAGCCCAUGGAUUUAACAACAAAACAAAUGAAGUGUCAUUGCUUUUCAAGCCACUAAAGAGUUAGUAAAAUUGUUGAUACUAAUUUUAAGUGUGUUUAAAUUUCUGAGUUGAAAUGUCAGAAAGUAUGUAUGUUACUUCAAAAACUUAUAUCACUUGCUUUUGUAUUCAUUUAUGCUUAAAUCUC